AUUUGUGUGAGAACAGAACUGAGAACAGUAUGAGUGCUUUUCCUGUGUUCUGCUUCAUUUCUCUCUUCCUGGCUUCAUUCCAGUUGGCGGUGUUAGUAAAAGCAGCUGAAAACACACAAAACGCUGGAGUAUACAUCGUGUAUACAGGAUCACCUUCAUCCUCCUCAUCAAAUUCUGAUCAUAUUAUGAGCUCCUCCUCCAUUGAAAGAGAAAACUAAAAAUGUUAAGACUGGUCUAAAGUAAUCGUGUACUGCGUUUUAGCUUGAAGGAUAGGAUCAUACACAAGCUAUGUUACCUGGACUCGGAUACGGGUGUCGUAUCGGGUGCGGGAUCUGAGUGUCCGACUCAUCAAUAUUUUAGAAAUCUUGGACAUUUUAGGUUAAAAUGCCACGCCCGACACUCAUACCCACACCAGUGUCGACACGACACGGGUAUUCUCCCCAAAUAGAAGAGUUCGGGUAACACAGUACACAAGUACAGCCAUGCGUUUUCGGGAUUUGCCGUGAGAUUAUCGGAAGAAGAGGCCAAAUUAAUAGCCCAAAGGCCUGAAGUUAUUUCCGUGUUCCCUGAUACAGUUCACCAUCUCCACACAACACGUUCCUGGGACUUUCUAAAGGAACAGAGCGUUGUCGGAUUAGCUCCCCGCCUUCAGGUUGCCAAACCAUCAAAUCGUACUUCCUCUGUUUCUGGUGAAGAUGUCAUCAUAGGCAUAUUUGACACAGGUUCAUGCCAGUAGUCUAUAUAAUUUACAUAAUGAUUAGUUCCAGGAACUUCUUCUAAUAAAUUAGGAUUUACAUCUGAUUAAUGUUAGGGAUUUGGUUAGAAGCAAAGAGUUUCAAUGACGCAGGUUUGGGUCCUAACCCCAAGAAAUGGAAGGGAAAAUGCAUUCCGGGCCGGGAUUUUAAGCCUUUUAACUGCAACAGGAAAUUGAUUGGAGCAAGGAAUUAUUUUACAUUUGGUAAGUCUACUUCACCGAGGAACCACGAUGGUCAUGGUACUCACGUUGCAGCAAUCGCUGCCGGAAGGCCGGUCGCCGUAGCAUCCUAUCACGGCCUGGCUCGUGGAACCGCACAGGGCGGAGCUCCGGGUGCUAGGAUCGCCGUGUACCGUGUUUGUCAGGAUGAAUAUGAUUGCCCCGGUUCUGCCACUUUAAAAGCAUUUGAUGAUGCCAUAGCAGAUGGAGUUGAUGUUAUCAAUUUAUCCUUUGGACAAUACAUUAUGGACAGCUUCCUCGAUGAUCCGAUUUCUAUUGGAGCAUUUCAUGCUGUUGAGAACGGUAUCCUCGUCGUCGGCUCUGCCGGGAACGGUGGCGCCGACCCGGAGCCUCCAACCAUCCAGAACGUAGCUCCUUGGAUUUUAACCGUCGGUGCCACUACCAUUGACAGGUUUUUUGAGUCUGAUGUUGUGUUGGGAAACAACAAAGUGAUCAAGGGAGGGGGUGUUCAUUCUGCUAAACUUCGGAAAACUCCAUCCCACCCAUUGACUGAUGGCUCUUCAGCUAUGAAACCUGAUGCUGAUAUUGCUGAAGCAAUGAAUUGUUACAGAAAUGCAUUACAUGAGAAAAAAGUGAAGGGGAAAAUAGUUCUUUGUGAAGACAGUCUUGACACUUCACCAGCUGGACAGUAUGAAGACAUAAAAUUUCUGGGGGGAAUCGGAAUGCUGUAUAAGGACAACUAUGUGCUAUUAGUCGAUUCUGUUUCUGAUUCUAUGCCCAGGAUCCCAAUCAGCUGGGAGGAUGGAGACCAGAUUCCAUCUUAUAUCAACUGGACCAGGAAGCCUGUGGCGACUAUUUUACCGACAAAAGUUGUAGCAAACCAUACACCAGCUCCCACUGUAGCAUACUUCUCAGGGAAGGGCCCUAUAUAUGACAAUGAUUACCUAAUCAAGCCUGAUAUUGUAGCACCAGGAGUUGACAUUCUUUCAGCUUGGCCUUCCAAUGAAACGAAUGAAGCCUUCAAUAUACUCUCAGGUACUUCAAUGGCUUGCCCACAUGUGAGCGGAGUUGCAGCACUAGUCAAAUCCCGAUAUCCCUCUUGGAAUCCUUCUGCAAUUAAAUCAGCAAUUAUGACUACAGCGAAUCCGAAUAACAAUUUGAAGAAACCCAUAGGAACCCAUUUUGGGGAUGGAGGAGACCCAUACUACAUUGGAGCUGGAGAAGUAACGGUGACAGGUCCAUUACAACCCGGGUUAGUUUACGAGACAGAAAUAGCCGAUUAUUUACUAUUCCUCUGCAACAAAGGCCACGACGUGGCAAGAAUCAAACUCAUCUCAUCGAAGCUUCCGGCUAACUUUUCUUGCCCAAGUAAUGCCACCGAGGAAUCAAUCCCCGACAUGAACUAUCCAUCCAUAAUUGUGCCUAACUUCAAUGCAUUGGGACAACAAAAGAAAGUAAAGAGGACGGUGACAAAUGUUGGGGAGGAAGAAUCCAGUUACGUAGCUAGCGUCGAAACGAGUUUCACCAACAACGUGAUAGUCCGAGUGAAUCCUGGGAAGUUGCAGUUUACGAAAAACACGAAGAAGCUGAGCUAUGAAGUGACCUUUAGACACAAUUCUUCGAUCAUGUAUGGAUCCGCAAUUGGGUCAAUUACUUGGAGCAAUUCCAAGUAUAGUGUCCGCAUUCCUUUCAUUGUAACUUAGAAGCUAGUGUCAUUUUAAAGUUCCUCUUGUCGCGUAUAGAAGCUGAGGUUGACUUUCCUUAUCAGAUGGAUUAAUCCAAGAAUUUCAGUCAGCAAGGG